AUGUCAAAACUCCCAAUUCUUUUUCUCAUUCUUGUGGCUUCUACACAAAUAACCAAUGGAUUAUUGAAUAAUCCAAGAAAACUUGAUGAAGGUAAUAUUGAGAACAAAUGUGGUGGUUGUCCUUGUAACAAUCCAUGUAAUACACCAUCUCCACCACCACCACCACCACCCGUUCCAUCGCCGCCACCACCGCCAAAGAAACCACCACCACCAAGUGGAUAUUGUCCUCCUCCUCCUCUUCCUCCUUCCGAGGGCGGUGGUGGUGGUGGUUAUAGUCCAAAUCCACCAAGUAAUUCGCAAUUCAUAUAUAUGAAUGGUCCACCAGGGAAUUUGUACCCCGUUGAUCAAUAUUUUAAUGGUGCCAAAAGGGACUUUACUAGUGGAUUUUCACUUUUGAUUGGUGGAUUUUUCUUGGCAUUGCUUGCUUUGAGAUGA